GAUAUUUUGUUAUCCUCAAUGAAUGUUUAUGGGGAUAUUUGGUCUGAUAACAAAUUUUCUAAAAUCAAAAGGAUAAAUGAGGAAAUGAGCGAUUUGAGAUAUAGUAGAAUUGGACCAAAAGGACUUAAUGAA